UAACAAAAUGGAAGUAGCGAAAAAUGGUUACAGCUGUUUUUCGUGUACUGAUAAAGUGAUAAACACUCGGUGUGGAUGUUGUUAAUCAGUGUCGGUCACAAAACACGUGUUGGUGUUUCGUUUUGGUAUAACAAUUAAGGGUUUCGAGUUCCGGUCUUCAAACCCAGUGAGCGGGUUUGAAUUUUCGUACGAAAGUUUGGUUAUGUUGAUGUUUAGUGUGUGUUGAAAUUUUGCUCAAAAAUGGGUGAUUUGCUAGCGGAUCUGUUGAAUAAUAGAAUUGAACCGGUACCCACGCGGGGACAAGUUAACGGGGUCAUGGAUUACGGGGUUUCCGACGAUGAAGACGACGAUGUAUGGGAUUCCGAGGAUGACUCUGAUACGGAACAGCAGGAGUAUGUUCAGAAGGAGUUUGAAACUUAUUUUCCUCGGCAGCAGGAAGAAACUGGCGGUUUAACAGACAUCGAAGACGGCCAUGAAGAAUCCCUCCUGGGUACAGACAUUAUGGAGCUGGUCCACGUCCCCGUGGUGUUCAGCAAAUACCGAUUCGACACCUACUACAAAAAAGAACUCCCAAUUGACUCAUUCAAAAACACUAUUCUCAAUACCAUGAACACUAACUCAGUCGUGAUAAUCCAGGGACCUACGGGUUGUGGAAAAACCACCCAAGUUCCUCAGUACAUUCUUGAUCAGUGUAGGGAAACCAAAUCUCCAUGCAACAUUGUAGUAACUCAACCGAGAAGAAUAGCGGCUAUAAAUAUAGCCCAGAGAGUGUGUGAAGAACGAGGAUGGGCAAUUGGGACAGUUUGCGGUUAUCAAGUUGGACUGGAUAGAAACGUAGGAGAGGAUGUGAUUUUGACUUACAUGACUACAGAAGUCCUUCUACAGAAGCUAAUUUUGCAGAAAAAUUUGAAUAAGUACAGUCAUGUGAUUAUUGAUGAAGUUCACGAACGAAACAAGUCGCUCGAUUUUUUGUUGUUGAUUGUGAGGAAGUAUCUCUUCACGAAUUCUCCAUCUGUUAAAGUCAUUUUGAUGUCAGCUACAAUGGAGGCAGACGAUUUCGCUUAUUACUUUCGCAGCAUUCCGAGAAACAACCCCGAUAAUUUUCUUCCAGCCCCGAUUUUAUACGUAAACAAGAAAAGCGAAUACGAAACGAACAUUUACUACGUCGAGCAAUUCGCCCAGUCUGUACUUUCGCAAAUAUCUUACAGUAUUGAUGAUCCUUGCAUAAUGCCCCAGCAGUACGAAAUGUGUUCCAAACUAAUUAAGAUCUUUGAUGAAUUAGACGAGAAAGAAGUACCGAACGGCGACGACACCCUCCACGGAAGUGUUCUAGUUUUCUUGCCAGGCUACCACGAAAUCGAAGAAAUGCACAAACUCCUAGUUGAAAAGAAGAACACUUCUCUCGAUUGGGAUAUCGUUCCGUUGCACUCGUCGCUAACAAGCGAACACAUGUUUAAGGCGUUCCAGAAACCCAAAUCCGGGUGUCGGAAAAUCAUCCUUUCUACGAACAUCGCUGAGAGUUCGGUUACCGUUCCCGAUGUUAAAUACGUGAUCGAUUUUUGCUUGACCAAAAUAAUGACGAUGAACGAGGUGACGAAAUUUUCCACGUUGAGUCUCCAGUGGGCUUCCCGCAACAAUUGUAUCCAGAGGGCGGGUCGCGUGGGGCGCGUCUCCAGCGGCAGAGUCUACCGUCUAGUACCGUGUACAUUCUACGAAUGCCAGAUGCAAGAAAGCACCUUGCCGGAGCUCCAGCGAGCCCCUCUCGAGAACGUCAUCCUCUACAUGAAGCUCCUAGAUUUGAACGACACCCCCAAGAACGUCCUCUCGUUGGCCAUAAGCCCCCCAAACCUCAGAGACGUCGAAACCUGCAUUUGGAACUUGAAAGAAGCCGGGGCUUUGCUCACCACUUGCCGCGGUCAUAAGACACCCGCCGACGGUGACAUUACCUUCAUCGGACGCAUCAUGGGCUCGCUACCCAUCGACAUCCGGCUGUCCAAGCUCAUCAUACUAGGUCACAUGUUUAGUUGUUUGCAAGAAACGGUCAUAAUGGCUGCCGGUUGUAUGACCAGGAACAUAUUCGUGCAGAAUUUCCACGCCAGGAUCAAGUGUUACCGGAAAAAGUUGUUGUGGGCUGACAGAUCGUGCAGCGACUUCAUGACACUCCUGAAUUUAUACAACGUGUGGAUGAACAAAAAGCGCGAAAACGCUUUCCGCAACAUCAGCGAGGAGUACGGCUGGUGCAAGACCAACUUCGUCAACUUGAAAGGCCUCCGCGAGUGGGAUCUCCUCAUCAAGGAAAUCAACGGCCGGCUGAAGAAAUUCUCCAUCGAGCAAGCCGUGGGCCCCAACCGAGUCCCUCUCUCGGCCAUCGAGAAGCCCACGGUUCUCAAAAUCAUCAUCUGCGGCGCUUUCUACCCCAACUACUUCGUCCGCUCGUCGGACUACGGCCAGGUGGACUCCCGAGAGGCCGUGAAGAUCCUGAACGGCCGCGAUCCCAACAAAACCGUGUACUUCAGUAACAUGAAGGUCAACCAGCCGGGACACAUCUACGUGCGCCAGAUCAAGCAGAUGCUGCAGGUCGACCACAACGACAGCGUCCAGAUCGGGUUCGACGCACAGAGUACGAAGGUUUUCGUCGAGUUCAACAACGUGCAGCAGCCGGAGCAAGUCACGGUGGAGGGGCGACAGUUCAUCGCCACUAUUCCCGGGAACAUCGGCGUCGACGUGUACGAGGCGGUGCGGAAGCGGCAGCUGAAUACGCCGUUUAGGUUGAGGAUUUUGCCGGACCAUAAGGCGUGGGCGUUCGCCAAUUCGACGGAGGAGAAGAACAAGAAGAAGGAGGAGGAGGAGGAGCUGAAUUGUUUUACGGCGGUGGAGUACUCGCCGCUGCCGCCGUUGGAUCUCGAGUACAUCACGGUCACAGUCACACACAUUGUGGACGCCAGCCACUUCUACUGCCAAAACUGGAACGACGAAACCCGAAUACUCCUCGAUAAAAUUUUCACGGCCUUGAACAACCCGGGAGUCUUCCUGGAACCUCUAGACACCGACGAAAAAGUCUACUUGAACGGAAAAUUCUACGCCGCCAAGUUCAACGAAGACAACAAGUUCUACAGAUGCCAAGUCGUCGACCUCAAACCCGGAAAACCGUAUAUUGCCCAUGUCCGGUUCGUCGACUACGGUAACUUCCAAAAAGUCCCCUCCAACCGUCUGUACCAUCUACCCCAGGACUGUCCCGAAUGUCACGUGAAACCCAUCGCCAUGUGCUGCGUCCUGAGCGAAGUGCAACCAGAUCUAGUUACAAACCCCAAGGGGCUUUGGAUUGACGAAGUCAACGAAACGUUUAAAAAGAAAGUAGACAAAGUUUUACUCAACGCGAAAGUUUAUUCGGUCGUUGACGACAUUGUCCAUCUCGAGUUGUACCGCCAGCGGUGUUCUACUUCGUUUAACCAAUACUUGAUUGAUAUGAGUUUUGGGCUGAAGUGCGAGGAGAGCCAAAGGUCAAAGAUGGAUCACGAACUGCGCCAAAAAGUGCUCCGGUCCGAGAACCCCAACAACGUAAGUACUCUAUACAAACAGCUCACCACGGCCAGGAACUACACCGAUUUCGAGGAGCCUUCAACCAGCGACGCCACCGACAUCGUGGAACUGCGGGGGCCUUUCAGCCCCCUUGAAAUGAAAGUUUGUGGGUUAGUCCAAGCCAGCGUGGGUGCGUCAGUUCGCAUCGACGGCGACUCCGUCAAUGCGGUUCUGCUUGAUGAUAACCCAGACGACCCCCACGCUAGAUUGCUCGUCGCUGCGACGGUUUCGCAGUCGGCGUUAGGUCAAAGCAUCAAACUUUCCCAAACCACCGUAAUGCCCAGCAUCCCCGGCUUACCCAUGCUGGUAACGCUGCUAUUCUGCCCGAACAUGGAGCCCAAACUAACCCCCGACGGGUCCAGAGUGGCGUCCAUUUUGUGCGGUAUGGGCUGCAAGGAGUUCAGUGGAAAACCAAAUUUCCCCAUGCAUGACAUAUCGCUGGUGCUUGACACCGAGCUCCACAAGGAACUCGUGGCUAAAAUCAACCAACUGCGCUACUACAUGAACGCGGCUGUUAAAACCAUGAGUAAUAUGCACGAUGGGUUGUCGGGGUCGAGCGACUUAUUCACAUACCAGAUGUUUCUGAAAGAAAACCUUUUUUCGUUGUUGCACAUGAGGCAAAGGAGCGUCGAUCGGGUUAGAAUCAAGUAUGCUGAUGUCUGGAAUAAGACGUUGUGUGGAGAAGUGGCAGUUAUGACAGUCGACAAGGUUGACCAAGAGGGGACUCAAGUGCGAAUCGAGAGCGAUGAUGAAGCGAUUUGGCCACUGAUGUGGUUCGUCGACUUGAAAGACGACGUGGGGGCGAGAAUGACCAUCGACAAGAAUUUGAACGAGUUGCUACUGGUCGCGAAAAGGUUGGCACCGGAGCGGGAGAUUGCGUGCGAGCUGUGCGCGACUGCUCCGAUGCGCACGAUCAGUGAGGUCAGGCUUCAUUUGUUCAAGAAACAACACAAAGAAAAUUUGCAGAAGUACGAAACGAGAGAGCAAAAUUAAACCAAUGAGUUAUUUUUAAUACAUAUGUGAUUUAGAAUUAUGUAAUUCAAGUAUUUUUAUAAUUUAAUUUUAAGUUUUAAUGUAAAACAAUGAGUUAUUUUUUUACAUAUGUGAUUUAGAAUUAUAUACUCCUAGUUCAAAUAUUUUUAUGUGUUAAUUUUAAGUUUUAAUGCAAAGUUACGCUAAAGAAUGGUAAUUUUGUUACUUAAUAAACGACUGAGUUAGUAA